AUGUCGACACAGCCGAAGAAGAGAAGCUUUAUUGAUCCGGAACACGAAACAUGUCCAUACAAACAACAACAGGGUGGUCAUACAAAAGUUUUGACUCCGGCUGAUGACCUAAUCGACCUAAUUUUUUGUAUGGUAGUGCUGAUUGUUCAACGAAUUCUGAGAAGCGAGAUGAACGGUUUCGCUGGAUAUGGAAUAGCGGCGAAUGGACUGAUACUGUGCAAGGUCUCGCAGAAAGUCGAGAAGGCUGUGCGAAGCUAUGGUCAAGGACAACAUUUCUCGGCAAAGAUGCGAGCAACCGAGUGA